AUGGACAUCGGUGAGGGAGGAGGAGGGGAUGGAGGGGGUGGAGAGGACAGAGAUGCGGACUUCGGUCCCCAAGCUUUAUCUCACCCUCCUCUGACCCUGGCAUGCAUCCCUAAGCAGGGGCCAGCCUCUGAUAGCUCAACCGGGGCCCCUGCCAAAGAGCUCUCGAGCCAGCAUGAUAAAGUGGGUGAGAGGGGUGCUGAGGGGUCCCAAGCUGGAGGAGAAAUCCAGGUAGGGGGGCAGAAGGACGGACACCAUGAAGAUGAUAGAAUGUGUCAAAAGCGGUGGAUGAAGGAGAUGCUGCCAAGGCAAAAUAAGGAGGGGCAUGGUACCAUGGUGCUGAAGUCGGAAACAGGGGGUCUCCCAAAAGCCCUGAGCAGCAGCAGAGGGGGAGAGGAGGAGGAGGAGGCCAUUUCAAACCAAAGCCAAACAAAAUCCAAAUGUUCUUUAUUACCUCAACAGAGCCAGCAAAGCGCUUCUUCCAGCAUGGCAAAGACCAGUGGCAAGCUCGACAGCAAAACAGCUGCCUCUCCAAAGUCCUCCCAGACUCCUCCCACCUCUCCAAAAGCUUCCCCUUUUCUUUCCUGCUCUCCAAAGCACUUCACCUGUCCAUCCUACUCUUCUGGCCUGCAGAGCGACAUGGAGGCAAAAGACAUAACAGGAGAUCAGGGCUGGAUAUCUGGGUUUCCUCAGAGCUUUAAAUCCCAGCAGUCGUGUCUGGCUUUUCCAUUGGCAGGUAUGGAGGGGGCCAAUGCGCCUGCUGAGGAAGACGGGCCAGCAGGGAUUUCUCACUUUUCCAUUUCCAGUGGAAAUGGUUCCAAAGCUCCAGAACCAAAUGACAGCCAUCUUGAGAUGGAUGUCGAGAGAGAAAACGAAGGAGAACAGAAAGAAGCUGUCCCCAAAAACCUCAACCAAGAGCUCUCCCCAAAUUCACUGACGAGUCACAUGACUGUCAUGCACUCACGAAAUUCCUGCAAGACGUUGAAAUGCCCCAAGUGUAACUGGCACUACAAGUCCCAGCAUACACUGCAACUCCACAUGAAAGAGAAGCAUCCCGAGACGGGUGGCCAUUGUGUGUGCACUGCCUCCAGUGGGAAAUGCGUUUGUGGCACUUCUACGCGAGGUGUGUGUGGCUACUGCAGUUCAGGGAAACCCCAUCCCCGCUUGGCACGGGGCGAAACCUAUGCCUGUGGCUACAAGCCCUACCGCUGCGAAGUGUGUGACUACGCUACCUCGUCGAAAGGCAACCUCAGCAUACACAUGCAGUCAGACAAACACCUUAAUAAUGUGCAAAAUGGGGGACACGCCAAUGGCCAGAUGCACACUUCGCAUGUUAAUAACAACAAUAGUAGUUCUUCUAACGGAGCCACAAUGGACGAGCCGACAUACAAGCACCCACUUUCGAUUACAACAUCUAACGCCCAGCCAGCCAAGCUCACACAACCUGCACACUCUCCCUCACAUGGCAAGCGGUGGCGAUGUGACGUCUGCGACUAUGAGACUAGUAUCGCCCGUAACCUACGCAUACACACUACCAGUGAGAAACACACACAUAACAUGUUGAGGCUGCAGAGGGGUUACUAUCUGUCCCACUGCAGAAGCCUUGCUCCCCAUCUGAAACACCUACAAAGCACAGGUGGGGAGCUGUCCUUGAACAUGAGACUGACCACUCAACAAGUCACCGAACAGCCUGUACCCCUUGGCUCAACAUUGACUCCUUCCCCGUCACCUUCACCCUCUCCCCCGCCAGCUCUUUCUUUUUCUCCCACCGGGCCUCUCUCGCAGGGUGUGUUCCAAUGCCUCGUCUGUUCCUGCUUCUCUUCUGACAGUCUAGAGUCCAUGGAGCAGCACCUGAACGCCCCUCGCUCCCUGCCCCAGUCCGAAUGGUGCUCUUUGGUAACCGGUGGCUGUCACUGCAGGCUGUGCGGCUACACCACCCCACUGAGGGCUAACUUCUCCUUGCACUGCCAGACUGACCGACACAGAACCCGCUACCAGCUCGCAGCUCAUGUUCAAGAAGGGGGGAACCGGGGUCAGGAGGGUUCUGUGUUGAUAGCUAAGGGAAACCCUAUCCAGCUAAGGUGCAACCUGUGUGAAUAUGCGACAAGCAGUUUGGAGAAGAUACAAGGACAUUCCCGGAGUUCCAACCAUGAGUCCAGCGUCCGGGUUUACAGAUUCCUGCAGCAGUAUGACGGUGAAGUUGAUGGUGGCACAUGUGUAUUCCAUUGUCUCCUAUGCAACCACUCCUCUUCCUCUAAGCUUCAAGUUUUAAAACACAGUCAAACCCAGACCCAUCAGCAGAGAGAAAGUCUGCUACAGCUGCAGCCAAUGGGUGGAGAAGAGCUGGCAGCAAUCUUUACCAUCAGGAAAAAAACAGUUGGUGUUAUGGGAGAACUUAAUGAGGAGGAUACGGAAAAUUCCAGCGAGGUCACCACUGGUCCUUUGGACCAAACCAAAGAUCACUUGGGGGUUAAACAGAGUGAUUUGGAGCCGGAAGAAAAAGUGAAAGCGGAGGUGGACAAGAAGGAGUCAUUCAAGCGUCAAGUGUCUGAAUGUAGGGAAAUCACAACCAAACGUCUCCGAACACACCAGCAAAGUGAGAACCAGCAGACUGUCCAGUGCCCUUUAUGUCAAGAUAAAAUGCCAUAUGGACACCUUCGACCGCAUCUCACGCAUGUGCACAGUGUGGCACAGGACUGUGUAGAUAAGCUCAUCAGCACAGUGACAACACCCAUGGAGCAAGUUCAGCCUCAUCUGGAGAAUGAAAUACCAUCUGACCUGUGCAUGGAUGACACAAAAAGUCUUAAUAAAAAACAUGAACAGACAGAUCGUUCUCAUACAACAGAUUCCCUUACCUCAGAUGAUUCACCAAAAAACAAAAGCAUUUCAGGGGAGCACACCGAGGGAAAUACAGCCGCACCCAAAGAUGUCACAGCUCUACUCACCCCACCCCUGGAAGACAACACCACUCAGCCUUCCAAUGGAAGACUGGCUCCUCAAUCCCUAACUCAAACCCCCCCCUCCUCCCCAACUGGCGACCCCCCUCCUCUUUCUGAUCGCCAUGGUUACCGGUUUCGUUGCAGCAGGUGCAGCCUGGCGUUCCCCACUCAGGAGAAGCUCCAGCUUCACUGGCAGUAUCAUGCCAUGAGGGCAGCGACAGAAUGCCCCCUCUGCUCCAGACAGUGUCGCAGUCAAGAGGCCCUGCAGAGACACAUGCAAAAUACACACUCACAACCAGACAAUGCACAAAAUACAGCUUCACUCUUUCCUAUAUCCCAAAAUAUAGAACACACUAAGAUCUCAGUUCAACAAGACCUGAGUUUAUCACCCCAAGCUGGCCAAGAAGCAUGUGAGGGUGAGGAUGAAGAGAUGGAAGGAGUGAAUGAAGAGGAAGACAAAAUGGAAGGAAAGGAACAAAAAGAGGACUGUCAAACAAAAGAUAACCAGGCCGAUGAAACUGGUAGAGGUGUUGAGGAAUUAGCCGAGGCAGAAAAAGGGCUAAAUGAUGAAAUCCCGUCAGAAAUUAGAUCAAUUUCUCUUAUUAAAAAAAGCUCUAACCCAACAAUGGAUCGGUAUUUGGAUCCAUCGAGGCCAUACAAGUGCACCAUAUGUUCUGAAUCAUUUACCCAGAAGACAAUACUAUUAGUUCACUACAAUUCAGUAUCCCAUCUCCAUAGGGCCAGGCGAGCCCUGCAAGAUUCCAACACAGGUGUCUCUGCCACAGAGGCUACCCGUGGCCAAGAUCCCAGACCCUACAGGUGCAAACUAUGUGGUGUAGGCUAUAGCCAAAGCUCCACUUUGGACAUACAUCUACGCUCAGUUCUUCACCAAACAAGAGCUCGUGCUGCACAACACCCAGUGGCUAAUAAUUCUGCACCAAUAUCUGCCAGCACAACUAAUCUGCCUGCUAUAACUGAUAAGGAAAUGUGUAAAGGUUUUCCUUCCACCAGGAAGCCAGAUGUAGCUAGUUCUUCAUCAGGAUUAGUAUCUGAGCUACAAUCGACCAGCUCAACAGAAGGUCAGCAGGCUAAAAAGAGAGUGGCAGAACUGUUAGCGUCAAGAAACCAGCUACUACUAAUGCAACAGCAGCAGUUGGCUCAGGCACAGGCCCAAGCCCACUUACAACACACAGCCUUGCUCCAGGCCCAAGUAAUGCAGCAUCUUUCUUUCGGACCAGAAAGUCUCUUUCAGCACUUCUCUUUGGCACCGGACAACUUGCUGUCUCUGCAGCAACAACUUCUGCCCUUUUACUUUCCUGGAGAGAUGAAACUCAACACAGAAAUGGCAAUAAAGAGCUUGGAGCACAACCAACCAGAGGCGGCGAAGACAACCUUGAGUGAACAGGUUAAAAGAGAGGCCAAAAAAGAGAACAACCCUCAAGCAGAUGAAAAACUUAUUCAGAAUCAAAGUUCACUCUCAGAUGACAGCCCACCCCAAAAAAAUAUACCUUUUGACAGUGGCGUUGAACACGGUAGUAGUUCCUCGAGCAUCCCAAACGAAAAAGAAUACAACAAAAAUGUUGUUGAUGAAAAAGGCGAACUGUCAGUGCCUGUUGUGAAAAAUGAGCAUCCAGUGCAGGAAAAUGAUUCAUCCACGAUUAAUGUCCAGAAAGUACAGUGCCCUCCACCAAGAGUGCCAUAUGCUGCAGUAAAUGGGGAAGCUCUGAGGACCUUGCUGCAGAGUUAUGGCUAUGAAUUGGCACUACAAUAUAUACAAAGUCGACAUAGGCAUCAGCAGCAGAUUGCAACUCAAAUGUUAGAUAUGAGAAAUGAGUACUCAGAUAUUCAAAAGACGGAAUUUUACGUAGGGGAACAAAAAGAGCCUGUUGGAGCAGAUGAUGGAAAAAUGCAAAGCUGCAACAAAGAUAUCAAGAACGAAGUUGAAGAGAUACAGAACUUCAUAGGUAAACAUAAUCAGGGUGACAAUGAGGACACUGUUAUACUGUCAAGCAAAGAGAAAGGAUGCUGUGGAAGAGGAGAAAUGUGUAAAGAUUGUGGGAAGUUUUUUUCAGAUGCCAUGAUUUUAAAAAGUCAUGAGGAAUACAUUCACAGACAAGUACUUCCCACUGCGGCACUUGAGAGGUUUUCCAGAGAAUACAGACUACAAUACGAUCAAUUGUACCCCUUGAAAGAAAAUAAAUCGGGAGAGGAUUCAUCUCACAGUACAACAGUUGCAAUCCCAGAUAUUUCCUCGGAAUCACAACCUUUACCUGAAGCGGACAAGGUUCAAGCUAAAACAUCACCCCCAUCCUUUUUAUCGGAUCCCGAAACAAAGUCAUGUGCGACAACUGAAGACCAAAUAAAUGCCUCUAUAAUAUCUCCUACUUUAUCUUCUUCUCAUUUUAAAACAAUUCCACAAAAAGAGUUGCCACUGACAGUCAUGUCACCUCCUGUUGCUUCUCAAAAUGCAUCUCUGGCUAACAGCAAAAAUCCUCCCUUACCCAAAAUACCUAGACUUCCUCUGUCCCAGGUACCUAUUCCCCCAAUUACUUUACCAAAACUUCCCAUACCUCCAAUUCCUUUUCCAGUGGAGCUACCACUCAUUCCUCCAGUUGUGAUGCAGUCUGUGGGUCUUCAGCCCCCAACUUGGUUAGACUCCAGCGUGAGCCCAGAGUUGACAAAAUUCUACCAGUCUCAACUGCUUGGGCAACAGACACCUAUUAAUCCAACAGUGAUUUCUCAACCAUCCCAACUAAGCCCCACAAUGCUCAGUCAGCCUACUCAAGUCAAUACUCCAUUGCUGAGUCAACCAGCUCAGAGUAGCACCAUUCCAACAGGGCAGGAACCCCAAGUCAGCCCAACAUUACUGGAGCAACAGCAGGGCAAAAGAACACGUACUCGAAUCUCCGAGGACCAGCUGGCGAUCUUGAGAAAACACUUUGAUAUCAAUAGCCUACCUAGUGAAGAGGAACUAAUCAAAAUAUCUGGUCUUUCUGGUCUACCUCAAAAAGUCAUCAAACAUUGGUUUCGCAAUACACUUUUCAAAGAGCGCCAACGCGACAAAGACUCACCAUAUAAUUUUAAUAACCCCCCCACCACAGCCCUUGAGGAAUUGAGAGAGGAAGUCACACAGAAUCCAUCUCUGACACUGUCACCAUCUUCACCGUCUCCUGCACCAACAGACACUUCGCAUCAAAUCCUGUUGACAGAUAUCCACAGAAGCAAUACCCACAAGGGUAGGCGCUCUUCUCGAACCCGCUUUACAGAGAAACAGUUAGAGAUGCUGCAGGGGGUGUUUGAAGCAACUCCCUAUCCUAGAGAGGAGGAAUAUGACAGGCUGUCUGCCCUGUUGUCGCUCCCGAACAGAGUAAUUGUAGUAUGGUUCCAAAAUGCUAGACAAAGAGCCCGUAAGAGCCAGGACAGAGGGACCGAUGAUGGAAUAGAGGAGAUGAGCCAACUUGACAUUCUUAGAAAGGGAGACGGAUACCACAAGAAUGACGAUACUGAGGAUAAUAGCAAUGGGGAUGAAGAGCAAAAUGACUCACAUAAUGAAAAUUCCAUGGAUCUGACAUAUGAAUAUUAUAACCAUCCAGACUCUCCCGUCCUUGAUUCUUCUACCGUUUACACUGAUAGCAAGCAUUUGAUGGACAGUGAGGAAUCAAUACCCACCGUCAAUAAACAAGAAAAUAAAACCACUACUCUUCAAACCAACCAAACUGAACAAAAAGAAAUGACAGUUAUUAAUAAUGAAAGCAAGGAAACAGUGUGGGCAAUACAAAAUGUGGCCUCCCCAAAAGCUGAAAAACUGGUCCAAACUCAGCAAGAAAGUCCAACAGAACAUUCUCAGUCUCAAUCCUCUGUUCUCUCGCAAAUCACAGUACCGGACAACCCAUCAUCAGUAUGUGAAUCAAGCCAGGAGUAUAAACAGAGUUCAUCCCUGAAUACAUCGUUUGAAAAACCUGCAGCUACAUCACCAAACUUACCCUUGUCUUCUGAGUCUGAAAAAAGUCCAACCUCUGAGCCUGAUGCGCCCUUCCAUGUAUCAUCGGAGAACCAGUCGCUAAAUGGAAUUCCAGUGCCAAACCUUUUUCAGUGCACUCUAUGCCCAAUGUCCCUGUCGUCAUUCCAGAUGUGGCAGGAACAUCAGACAAGGCACCUACUUGCAGCUCAGUCCCAGGUCCAACUUCUUCAUUCUGGUUUUACGGACAGAACUUUGCCAUACAUGAUGAUCCACUCUAACCACUCCCUAAUGGCAAGCCAAAUGCUCUCAGGUGCUAUGACACAGUUGCACCCAAAUACCACAAAUCCCAUAAUUUCUCACUUAAAUAGCACACAUGUUAAGAACUCACUAGCUGACCUGUCUGAGACUUCAUUGAAGCAGAACCCAAAGCUAAUGUCGGAGAGCAGUUUUGAUGCUCAAAGGUAUAGUAGAGAUGUUGAGGAAGAGCAUAGAAGGGAUAAACGUCAGAGAACCACCAUCACUCCAGAACAGCUUGAAGUGUUGUAUCAGCGUUACAGCUUGGACUCCAACCCCACCAGAGGAGUACUGGAAGGCAUUGCACAGGAUGUGGGCCUCACAAGGAGAGUGGUUCAGGUAUGGUUUCAAAACACACGUGCAAGAGAAAGAAAAGGGCAGUUCAGGUCAAUGGGACCAGGAUCUAGUUUCAACAUGGGCUUGAACCAUCUUCGCUGCCCAUUCUGCAGAGCUCUCUUUAAGGUGAAAAGUGCACUGGAUGCCCAUAUGAGAUCACGCCACUGGGCAGAAGCUGAAAGAGCAGGCUACAACUUAUUAAUGAGUAAUGGAUCCAGCGGGACCAAUGUGGUGGCUGUGUCUUCCGUCAUUGACAAACCAGGUCCAUCGAUAUCCUUUGUCCCAGACACUAGCAUUACCAUCAGCAGCAACGAACAAACAGUGAAGGCACCAAUUACAUUUCUGUCUACAACCAAUGAUAUCAACAACCAAGCGAAGUAUGAUGACUUUGAAGAAGAUGACGAAUGUGAAGAGGGUUCAAGUGUGACUGACCAAGGGCCUCUGAGUGCUGAGGAAUCAGGGGGUCCAAGUUCAGAUUGGAGCGAAACUCUGCAGCCACACCACCAUCAGCACCAACGCCAAAGGACACAGAUGAGCCACUUCCAAGUACUUCAGCUAAGAGACUUCUACAAGAGUCACCGUACACCAAAUCGACAUGAGUGUGAGGCACUCGGCCGAGAAUUGGGACUACCUCACCGUGUGGUGCAGGUUUGGUUCCAGAAUGCCAGAGCCAAAGAGAAGAGGGCAAGAACCCUGAGCUCUGACUCUGCUGAAAGAGAGCAAGCGGAAUUGACAGCCGGUGCAGGGGAGAGAGACCGUGCUUAG